UGUGUGUCGAGCUUCAGUGCUGUUCCUGUGAUCCGAUCAUCAGUGUUCAGUUGUUAGAGAUGAGAAAGGACGCGCAAGUGGGAAACUUUAUUUCAGUUUGAGAACUUGGCCGAAAGUUUCUGAACAUCUGAAUUAGAAGAAUGGAGCCGAUAACCAAGUGGACAGCGACUCAGGUUGUGGACUGGAUCAGAGGGCUGGACGACAGUCUCCAGCAGUAUGUUUCUAACUUCGAGAGAGAGAAGAUCAAUGGAGAGCAGCUUCUGAAGAUUUCGCAUCAGGAUCUGGAGGAGCUGGCGGUGACCCGUGUCGGACAUCAGGAGCUGAUUCUGGAGGCUGUGGAUCUCCUCUGUGCAUUGAACUGUGGUGUGGAGACUGAUAACUUGAAGACUCUGGCAGGUCAGAUGCGAGCAGCGUCCAAUAACUUGCACAACACUGCGUCAGAACGGAGGAAAAAUCCUUCUUAUGAUGGAGUAAGUCCAAACAAACCACCUAACGUGUUCCUCACCGCUGUGGUGGAGCUGAUAGCGGCUGCCAAGGGCAUGCUGGCCUGGCUUGACAGGACCCCCCUCACAGGAAUCAGCGAUUUCACCUCGACCAAGAACAAGAUCAUUCAGCUCUGUCUGGAACUGACCACAACUGUCCAGAAGGAUUGCACAGUGUUUGAAAUGGAGGAGAAGAUAUUAGAAGUGGCACGGGUUUUGACUGGCAUUUGCGACUCCACCAUGAGAAUUACCUCUGACCCCUUGAAGACUCACAUGACCUGUUUGGAGGAAGUCCCCAUCCCCAAUAUCAAACCAGGCGAGGGACUGGGGAUGUAUAUCAAAUCCACUUACGACGGACUUCACGUCAUCACCGGAACCACGGAAAAUUCUCCAGCGGACCGAACUCAGCGGAUUCAUGCAGGCGAUGAGGUGAUACAAGUCAACAGACAAACAGUGGUGGGCUGGCAUUUGAAGAGUCUGGUGGAAAAGCUCAGGGAAGAUCCUCAGAACGUGACACUGAUGGUGAAGAAAAGGCCGUCAGGCACCUGUGGCUUCACCCCCGCACCACUGAAGAACAUGCGCUGGAGACCCCCUGUCGUCCAGAGCCCAUCGUAUGUGCCUGCCGCCCAGUCAUCCAGAAAUCCUGUGCAAAUCUCCAUCAAGCGGCCGGAGAAACCUGCAAUUUUAGAUCUCUAUAUUCCUCCUCCUCCUUCCAUGCCAUACAGCCCACGAGAUGCAGAGACGAGUGAAUGUGCAGGUGUGAAGAUGAGACCAAAAGGCUCAGAGUCGCCCAACUCCUCUCUGGAUUUAGCUGGUAGACGGCGUUCAAACGCCAGCGACUACACCAGCAAACCUAGCGUGAAUCCAGCCGAGGUCGUCAUCCCACAAGCAAGACUGAGACAGCGGACUCCAUCUAGAGGAAAGCCACGUCCCAUGUCCAUGCCGGUAGACACUUGCCUGGGCGCGUCGGACUCUCCCUCCAGACCCUGGGCUCUUGGAAGGAAAGGUGAGGAGGUUUUGCACAGGUAUCUGAGUAACGAACAGAUCCCCACCAUCUCAGAAGAGUCGCCCUGUUACCCACUGCCCUACCGGCCCACAGGCGAACGCCAGCUCGUCCGAGGGGUCGACCACAUCCGCGGGAGCCAGUGUUUCAUCAAUGCGAACCUACACGACAGCGCCACCAUACCCUACCAGGAAGCCAUGGCACGCAAGCCUGCGCCGAAAUCUCCCAAGAGACCCCCGUCCGAACCCUCUGUGCUCAGCAGCUGGAUCGCACGGCUCAAGCUGCUCACGCACGGAGUGAAACCUGGGCCCAUAAACAGCAUGGUCAUCACCAGACCAAGACUCAUCCGGCUUAUGGAAGGAGGAAUCAGGCGAUGUAAUAGCUCUGCAGAGUCUCUUACAGAAAGAAGGCAGACUGCUGAGAUGAGAAGAGGUGCAGACAUGGAGUUUGAGGCGGGAAUGGAGUACUGCAGGAUGAAAGAUGUCAACUACACACCCUGUGGCCUCGUCAUCCACCCUGAUGCCCCUUGGCUUGGUGCCUCACCAGAUGGCUUGAUUUUUGAUCCAGUUGCACAGCCACCAUUUGGACUAGUUGAGAUAAAGUGCCCUAAUGUAAAGAACUAUGUGGACUGUAAAUACCUUCGAAUGCAGAAUGGCACUUUGGCUCUCAGUGAAAGCCACUCGUACUACUGGCAGGUGCAGUUGGUAGAGGAGAUAUUUCUACUGGUCUCCUCUCUGAAGGCAGCAGCAGAGGAGAAUCACAGGACGAUGAACAGACAGAAUGAGUCAAAGCCUUGUGAGAGAGGGAGGAUCUCAGCAUUAGUGUGUGCGUGUGUACUUGAACACCCUUACUGGCGUGUGUGUGUGUGUUGUUACAGGGAAGUGAAGGCUGUGUUAUUAGCGCUGUCUCUCGGAGCUGUGGGCGCUGAUGCUCACGGUUUAAUUUACAGUCUUUCUUUCUCCUUGCGCUUUCAGUACCCUCUUCAAGACUUUGCAGCCGAGAAGUCUCAAGGAGAUGAUGUGAUGAGCCGCAGAAGGGUCUCGGUGAAAGACCUGGGCCAGGGCGACUGUCAGGGCUGGUUGUACAAAAGGAAAGAAAGCAAAGGGCUCUUGGGCUGGAGGUGGAAAAAGUUUUGGUUUGUGCUCAAGAAAUGUUCGCUCUACUGGUACACAUCCGACACGGCAGAGAAGGCCGAAGGCUACAUCAACAUGAGGGACUUCAUCGUAGAACAAGCUACCGAAUGCAAGAAGAAGUUUGCAAUGAAAGCAAGCCACCUCCACAUGGUGACACUCUACUUUGCAGCUGAAAGCUUGAAAGACAUGAACAAAUGGCUGGCUAAACUCACCCAGGCUUCAAAUGAACCUGAACCCACAGACUCUACGAACGGAGAGUGCUACAGUGAGGAGAGCGAUGAUGAUGAUGAAGCUGAGGUGUCUGUGGAGGACACGGAUCAGCUGACCCCCGGCUCUCUGCAUGGUUGUCUCCCGCCUCCCCGCUCCUCUUCCUCUCCAUGUCACCGCACAGAGACUCAGAGCGCAGACAGUGAGUCGUGGCACGAGAUCAGCGCAGAGGACGACCCCAUCCUCAAAAUACAGGAGUUCAAAGGAAACGACAGCGCCCCGUCCGAUGAGAUGGAGAUGCUGUAUCUUCACCUCAAGCAAGCGAGUCUGUCGCCCACAGGAGCCCUGCAGCCGAGCACCAAACGUGACUUCAGGUCCUCCUUCAUUAGACGCUGCAAAGAUGAGAGCGUCAAUGACAAACUGCACCUCAUUCGAGCUUUAAACAGCACUUUAAAGGCUAAGGAGGCCGAUCUGCAGAACAUAGAGCAGGUCUUGAGCGAAACGUCUUUGAGCGCUUGUAAAUACAGACAGUGGCGAGACGCUAAUGUGCUCCUGCUGCAAGAGAUGGGAGAGAAACACGAGAGUCCCGUGGAGUCGCAGGCCCAGAGACCACUGGUUCAAACUCAGCCCCGGCGCCAGUCGCUCCUCGGCCCGAUCACUGCGUCCCCUGCUGUCCCUGUCUACACGGAGACCAGCCUGUGAAGGCGAGGCGCGCGUUAUAACCCCCGAAAGACCAACUCUGGUUUCCUGCUGGGCAUAACAUGCAGCUUCUCUGAAAC